ACUACCUACUCAGUCUAUUGGUGUGUUUUCGUUGACAACGAUUUAAAAUAUACACGUGCUUUUGUAUAUUGGAAAAUAAUUGUUUUUGAACUGGUUUAUUGUAGUAGCUUGCUCCAAAAUGAAAAUAAGCGAGGAUUUGUGUCGUAAUAUGCAAAACUUUUCAAAAAUCAACGAACAAUUUCGCGUUGCUUUCGAGAAUGCCGAGAAAAACCAAAAUUUGAGUGAAAGUGAAAAGUAUGAGAACCUAUUCCAUUAUCUCUCGUUGGAGCUGUUUCUCUAUCCCCAAUAUUUUGAGCAAAUUGCUGAAGAAUUCUCAACAGAACUUCCAAAGCUGCUUAACACUGCUCUAUUCAAUAAGGAAGAUCAAGUGGAUAACCACAGACACAUUUUGAAUUGUGUUCUACUUGGAAAUAUUCUGAGGAAAAGAAGGGAUUUAGAAGGAUAUGCUUUAAAAUAUUUUAAUUCACAUCCAUCUGGUUUCGAAAAUGAAUACUCUGAUCUUAUUAAGAAACGAAUAUCACCUUUGGAGAUAACUGUUGGUGAUUUGGAAAUUGUUGACUUCUCUUAUUCCCUAUUGAAAAGUAAUCCAGAUUUCUACCGAAUCAAAUGGAAUUGGUCCGUUUUUAUUGGAAAAUAUCUUGAACAUGAAGAAGCUCAAGUAAGGUGGUUAACUUGUCAAACAGUUGCAAUUCUUUAUGGUAUGAAUGAAGGACGUGCUGAAAAACUAAUUCAGAGUAGGGUGUCCCCCAAUUUGGCUACAAAAUUUGACUGUGCUCUGGCAUCUCAACUUUCAGUUUUUGAAAGUCCACUUGAACCUCCUCCCCUUAACAAAAUGCCGUGGCUUCCAAGACCAGAAGAAAGAUAUGAUGACUUAAUCAAUAUUUCUGGUGUAUAUAUUCCUGUCGUGAGAGCAAGCUCUAUCAUAAAUACAUCUUUAAUCGAGGUACCAUCUACGUGCAACAAUCUCCGUAAAAUAGCUCUAGGGCUUACUUUAAAUAGGGCUGUUUGUUUGCAAGGGCCUGUCGGGUCAGGCAAAACAAGCCUUUUGGAAUAUUUGGCUCUAAAAACAGGUAGAAAGUUGGGUGAAAAUUUCAUAAAAUUGCAGUUGGGAGAUGAAACAGACAGUAAGAUGCUACUGGGAACAUAUAGAUGUACAGAUAUUCCUGGAGAGUUUAUUUGGCAACCCGGUGUUCUGACACAAGCCGUACUUGAGGGAAACUGGCUUCUGCUUGAAGAUAUAGAUUCUGCUAGCAUGGAUAUAGCUUCACUAUUAUCCAGUUUACUAGAAAAUGGCAAUCUAACAAUACCAGGUUACAGAGAUGCAGUGCCAAUCACCCCUGGUUUUCAGUUAUUCCUUACUCAAAGAUUCCUUUCAACAAUAACUGGGCAUCACAAGAAGAAUUCCAACUCUAUGUUGCUUUUGGAAAAGAAAAUGUUGCAAAUCAAUGUGGAUCCUUUAACCGUUGAGGAGCUUAAACAAAUAUUAGAAAGUAAUUUUAAAGAAUUGCGAACUAUAACUGACAGAAUGCUGAACGUCUUUUUACUUUUUCACAAAAACUCAUCUGAUUCCUCCCAAAUUUCUAUACCCAGCAGUGGUCGACUAAUAUCUACUCGUGAUUUCUUUAAAUGGUGCUCACGAGCUAUUAUAGACUUUGAUAUUAAAAGCCAAGCAAGUGCCCUUAAAGUACUCCAAGAUGCAAUAGACGUAUUUUGCUGUUCUUAUUCAAACUCUGAAGAAGCUUUAAAUCUAGCCAAACAAAUAAGUACCAACUUGGGAAUAAUCAAUCAAAAAGCUGAAUACUUUUUUAGGAGUUAUAAACCAACUAUGAAACUUACAACUGACAGUUUCAUUGCUGGUCGUGCAAUUUUAAAACGAGAAAACAAUCAGUAUACAAAAAUGGAGAAGUACUCCUUUACUAGACCAUCUGCUGUCUUAUUAGAACGCAUAAUGUGUUGCAUUCACUUACGAGAGCCUGUUUUACUUGUUGGAGAGACUGGUACUGGAAAAACAUCUUGUGUACAGUAUUUAGCCCACACUGUUGGUCAGAAAUUGAUUGUUAUUAACAUGAACCAGCAAUCUGACUCUGCAGACCUACUAGGUGGGUUUAAACCUAUCGAUUUGAAGAUAAUUAUAUCACCUGUUCGCAAAGAGUUUGAAGAAGUGUUUGUUGACUAUUUCAGAUUGGAUCUGAACAGAAAGUACCUCAAUAACAUUGCUGCUUCAUUCAGCAAUCAAAAGUGGUCAGAUGUAGUUAGGCUUAUGAUAAAAAGUUACCGAGCAGCUAUUAGACGGCUUUCCAAAUCCAUAUACGAUUUCAAAAGUGGAAUUAUUAAUGAUAUUUCAGCACAGAAAAUUGAUAAAGAUACAAAAUUCUUAGACCGUUGGCAGAAAGUGGGCCAGAAACUUCUGAAACUUGACAUCCAGCUCAAACACAAAACUGCCCUUGCCUUUGCUUUCAUUAAAGGAAGCCUUGUUACAGCUGUUGAAAAUGGAUAUUGGGUUUUAUUGGAUGAAAUUAAUUUAGCCAAUGCUGAGACUCUUGAAUGCCUUUCUGGUCUUUUGGAUGGAUCGCAAGGUUCGCUUUGCUUGCUGGAAAGGGGUGACAAACAACCAGUUAAACGUCAUAACAACUUCACUUUGUUUGCUUGUAUGAACCCUUCCACUGAUGUUGGUAAAAAAGAUUUACCGGCGGGAUUGAGGAACCGAUUCACAGAAUUUUUUGUGGACGAAUUGAAUGAAAAAAAUGAUUUGCUCCUUCUUGUUAAUAAUUACUUAGAUGCCAUGUCAUUGAAGGAAAGGCAACAGGAAGAUAUUGUCAACUUUUAUUUGAAGGUAAGAAGAGAAAUGGUAACAAAUCUUUCUGAUGGUUUAGGACAUAGGCCUCAUUUUUCUCUGAGGUCUUUGUGCAGAGCAUUGAUGAUAGCAUCGAAAAAUCCUUGUGGAAUGUUCAAGAGAAGUCUUUAUGAAGCUUUUUCUCUCAGCUUUCUGACUCAACUAGAUAGCAGGUCAUAUCAAGUUGUGGAAAAAAUGAUUUCCAGUUAUCUACUUGGAGAUGACAAGACUAUCAAAGCUGUUCUAAAUCAACCAAUCCCAGAACCAAAUAGUAAAAAUAAUGAAUUCCUUCAGUUCGAGGGUUAUUGGGUGAAAACCGGAUCUUAUGAACCAUCUUCUCCCGAGGACUACAUUUUGACUAAGUUAGUUAGAAGAAAUUUGAAAGAUUUAGUUCGAGUUGUAUCUAUUGGAAAACUACCUGUCCUCUUGCAGGGUGACACCUCAGUUGGAAAAACAAGUCUGAUAAGUUAUUUAGCUAAAGCCAGUGGCAAUAAGUGUGUCCGAAUCAACAAUCAUGAACAUACUGAUCUCCAGGAAUACAUUGGCUCCUACGUAGCAGAUAUUGAAGGAAAGCUGGUCUUUAGAGAAGGUCUGCUAGUAGAGGCCAUGAGAAAGGGGCACUGGAUCAUCUUAGAUGAGCUCAAUCUAGCCCCCUCAGAUGUUCUUGAAGCUCUUAACAGAGUUCUUGAUGAUAAUCGUGAGCUGUUCAUUCCAGAAACACAGGAAACUGUUAAGGCUAACCCUAACUUCAUGUUGUUUGCUACUCAGAACCCACCUGGAUCAUAUGGAGGCAGGAAAAUGUUGUCCAGAGCAUUCAGAAAUAGAUUUGUUGAGUUACAUUUCAAUGAGAUACCUCCUGAAGAACUGGAGUUUAUAUUGCAUAAAAGGUGUCAUAUGGGUUCCAGCCAUGCCAAAAAGAUGAUUAAUGUAAUGACUGAUCUUCAGAUGAGACGAAGAGGAUCUGUUGCCUUUGCAGGAAAACAGGGUUUUAUAACUUUGAGGGAUCUUUUCAGGUGGGGUGAGAGGUAUCGUCUUGCUCAAAACAAAAACAAUUUAUAUGAUUGGGAUCAACAUAUUGCUGAUGAGGGCUAUCUGGUUUUAGCUGGAAGGGUGCGAAAAACUGAAGAGAAACACGAGAUAAUUGAAGUUCUGCAAAAGCAUUUGAAGAGGAAGGUUGUACCUGACAAUCUCUUUACAUUAUCCUCUACAACUUCCACUGUAACCAAACAUAUUCUGGAAAAGAUAGACCAGAAAAAAGCCGAGUAUGGAAAUAUUGUGUGGACAUACAAUAUGAGACAACUGGCUGUUAUGGUUUCAAAGGCAAUGGAAUUCAAGGAACCUGUUCUGUUAGUUGGAGAGACAGGCGGAGGUAAAACUACAAUCUGUAAACUCAUUGCUGAAAACAAUGGUCAGCAACUCAUAACUGUGAAUUGUCAUAUGCAUACAGAAAGUAGUGACUUUAUUGGUGGACUCAGGCCUGUCCGAGAUCACUCGGAUGAAGCGUCAAAAAAACUAUUUGAAUGGGUUGAUGGUCCUUUGAUACAUGCUCUGAUACAGGGAGAGGUCUUUUUGGUAGAUGAAAUUUCAUUGGCAGAUGAUAGUGUAUUAGAAAGACUAAACUCACUACUAGAACCUGAGAGAUCUUUGUUGCUUGCUGAAAAAGGCAUUGAUCUAAACAAUCCAGAAAACUCGGAAUUGAUCACUGCUAAUGCAAACUUUCACUUUAUCGGAACUAUGAAUCCAGGUGGUGACUUUGGUAAAAAAGAAUUGUCUCCUGCACUUAGGAAUCGCUUCACAGAGAUUUGGUGUGAGUCUUGCAGGAUCCGAGUGGAUUUGGUGGCCAUUGUCGAACAGAAUGUUAGAUCUGGAAUAUCCAUGGGUAAUCAGCAAGAUGGUUCUAGCGGAGUCGGGAAUGCUAUAAUGGAUUUUAUUGAAUGGUUUGAGAAAACCGAGGUUGGAAAGAGAUUAACAAUAAGUAUUCGAGACAUAUUGACUUGGGUGACAUUUUUGAAUACUUGUGUUGACAAAAUGGACAUCUCAGAAGCAUAUAUUCAUGGAGCAUAUUUAACAUUCUUGGAUAGUUUGGGUUCCGGAACAACGAGCAUAGAAAGUUUGAAGCAUUUGGAAUUAUUUAGAAACAAUUGCCAACAAUUUCUUACCAACCAAGUGUCCCAUCUUGGUUUAACUCAAAGUACUUCCCUGAAAACUGAAUUGACUGUUGAGAAAAUUGGAAAUAAGUUUGGCAUCAAUCCAUUUUAUGUAGACAUUGGCCCUGAAAGUCCAACUACAAUAGAAUUUUCCUUCAAUGCACCUACCACAUUGUUCAAUUUGUUGAGAUUGCUAAGAGGAAUGCAACUGAAUAAAGCAAUAUUACUAGAAGGAAGCCCAGGAGUAGGGAAAACGAGCUUGGUGACUGCUUUGGCUAAGUUCACAGGACAUCAAUUAUACAGAGUGAACUUGUCUGAUCAGACAGACAUCUCCGACCUAUUUGGUGCUGAUUUGCCAGCGGAAGGUGGAACUGGUGGCCACUUUUCAUGGAGGGAUGGUCCCCUUCUUCAAGCAUUGAAGAAUGGAAGUUGGAUUUUACUAGAUGAACUGAAUCUAGCUUCACAAUCGGUUUUGGAGGGCCUUAAUGCUUGUUUAGAUCAUCGAGGAGAAAUUUAUAUUCCUGAACUUGGGAAAACAUUUUUCGUUCAACCAGGUACGAAAUUCUUUGGGUGCCAAAACCCCCUGAAACAAGGAGGCUGUCGUAGAGGUCUGCCUCAAUCAUUUCUCAAUAGAUUCAUCCAAGUCUAUGUCAAUUCUUUGACAGACCGAGACCUUCAUCAUAUUCUCUCGAAUCAGUUCAAUCACUUGCCAUCGGAAAUCAUCACGAAGAUGAUCGAAUUUAACACAAGAAUUGCCAAUGAACUCAAUAGUCAUUCUUUCGGUAACAAAGGGGCACCGUGGGAAUGUAAUUUACGUGAUUUAACAAGAUGGUGUGAAGCGAUGAUUUAUCACUUCAAAUUGAAUUCUACCUCUAAUAGACAAUAUCAACCAGAAAGUGUAAUGAAUUUGAUAUAUGGUAACCGAAUGAGGACUGUUUUGGAUAAAACUAGAGUGGAAGAAUUAUUCAUGGAAGUUUUCAGUUGUAAAGUACGCGGAUCAUGUCCCAUACUGUAUGUCAGUAAACGUGAUCUGUACAUUGGGGACGUCUGUUUAGAACGGUCUAACAGGGGGGUAAACGUUAAUGUUUUGAAGCAGGAAAAAACUGGUUUGGUUUUGAGGUCUCAGUUGAGUGUUUUGAGAAGUUUGGCAUAUUGUGUUAAUUUAAAUUGGAUGACAAUAUUGGUUGGCAACUCCGGAUGUGGUAAAAGUAGUGUGGUAAAAACUUUAGCAGUUCUUGCUGGCAAGACGUUGAAAACACUUCCAGUUACAUCAGCAAUGGACACUACUGAUAUUCUUGGAGGUUUUGAACAGACCAAUUACAGUCGACACUUGGAUGAAAUCGCCAAAGAAGCAGAAAGACUAUCGUUUGAGGCCAUUCAGGAAUUACUUAUAGGCAAGAGGACGGAAGAGGCGAUAGAUCUGAUCUCUCGAUGGGAGGCUUAUCGAGACUUGAAAGAUACCAAAAAUUAUACCUUGGAAGAGGAAACGAAACUAUUCCACAGAAAAUCUGAAAAAUUGCAGGAUAUAUUCGAAAUUCUUAAAAAAACCGCUUCACUGGAAACCAUAACUACAUAUGAGUAUUUGCAAGGAAACUUGACUGAAGUCACAAAGGCAGUUAAGGGCGAAGGAUCUCUGAAUGCUGGAGGAAAAUUUGAAUGGGUCGAUUCGGUACUCGUAAAGUGUCUCCAAAAUGGUUCUUGGUUACUGGUGGAUAAUGUAAAUUUGUGCAGUUCAGCUGUACUAGAUCGUUUGAAUGCUCUCUUAGAGCCUAACGGCGUUCUGGCCGUUUCUGAAAGAGGCGUCGAUUCCAGUGGAAACAUCAUUGAAAUAAGGCCCCACAAAGAUUUCCGAAUGUUUUUCACCAUGGAUCCCAAAAAUGGAGAGAUAUCUAGGGCUAUGAGGAACAGAGGCAUUGAAAUUUAUAUGUUCGACAUAAAUGAAUCAAGCAACUCUAAAUUUGACAUAAUGAGUCUAAUUAAUCACGAAGGAUUACAGUCAACGAACCAGAUAAUGAUCCUGAUGAAUAUCCACACUUUCAUUUCUCAAUUGAUUUUAGGAGAAAAACCUACUAUCAAAGAACUACUGCAAGUUUCGUCUUUGAUUGCCCAACAACAGACUUGUAACAUAAGUUUGUUUGAAACUUUCUUUGGCACCUUUAUAGAUGUAUAUUUUAAAACGAGAUCUCCCACGGAAUUUGAUUCCAAUGAUCCAGUCACUGCUAUCAAAGAAGAAAUUGAGAAGAAUUUUGUUGAGUACAAUAUCAUGGGGUCUUCUACUAAAGUGGCACAUACAGAUAUGUUUGAUAAUGCCAUAACUUUGAAAACGCAGAACAUUGAAACUUGCUCCACAAUCGAAAAAGUUAAGCAGCAGUCGACAAUGAUUUUGACUUAUUUGUCAAACAGUUCAUGCACUGAUUUUGAUAAAGUACAUUCACUACUGAAUUUCUUUUCAAUUACUUCUCUUGAAGAUUUGGAUACCAGACUUGUUUACAUUAAAUCCAAGUUAGUCGAUAAAAAUUAUUUACAUCUGAUUGAAAAUUUCUGUCAUAUUAUAUCUGAAUUAAAGAACGAGAGCAAUUCAUCGCUUCCACUAGAUCAUAAUUGGCUUCCAUAUACAUCGUACCAACGAAACAAUUCGUUGUUCAGUAAUAAAUUAAAUUUAAUGCUUUUAAUGGCUGCACAUAGUUUUUUGGAAAGGACUGAAGUUGAAGGAAGAAAAUCAAAUAAGAAGGCAGUAGCUUUACUAGAUUACAUGCUCGAAAAGGAACAAAAAACAAUUGAAGACAAAUUCAACGAUAUAAUUGUCAACAAUUAUCUUACGUUAAUCAAACGAUUUGAUACUUAUUUAUGGAACCUUCCGUCUAGAAUAUCUGACAUUACUGAUGAAAAAGUAAUUCGCAUAAUGCAUCUAAUCUUUUGGAGAUUUAUAUUCCAUAAAUGUUCCUUGAAGAAUAUCAAAAAACUAUCCCCUACCAAACAGCAUGGUGUCCUGGUAAACUUGUCUAUUCAUUACAAAUGGUUUUAUAAAUAUUCCAUUCGACAACUUGUGAAGAUAACUAAUGUUGAUUUGCCAAACGACCUGGAGGAAAUUGUAGAAGCAAUUAAUUCUAAACUAGAUCAGCAUUUUUCAGUAUUGCAAAAAUUCGGCAGGUAUUACCAGAAAAAUACCAGUAGAACCCCACCCUUCAUAAGCCAUUACCAGCUUGAGUUAGUAUCGAAAUAUAAUAAUUUAAAACGGUGCUAUGAUUUGGGUCAAAAAGGAAAUGAUGUUGCCAAUAUUCUGGCUAUUUUUAAAUCUAAUAAAAAACUUCGAAAUUUUCUUGUCGGUAUCAGAUCAAAGUUAAAGUACAACUUCACUGAUGUUUCUGAGGACAUUGAUCUAUUGAAAAUGGAGCAUGAGAAAUGUAUAUCGGAGAAUAUAAAGGAAAUUUCCAGAUUUGAAUUGGAACUUGUUCCAGUCUUGGAUGUGCUCACACAACUGGAAAUCAAAUCUGAAGAAAUAGGCAAUCAUGCAAAUACAUUUGAAAAUAAUAUUUUAGUUCCUACAGAUUUUUGUGGAACAGUAGCAUUGUACCAGCACACAAAAGAUAAUAGACUUCUUCAUGAUCUAACAAAGUUGUAUUAUUUGUAUCUGAUAAAUUCUGCCAGUGCCAGACCAAAUCAAUACUUGAGCAGAACUGAUGGCAAAGAAAUUACUUUGAGUGGUUUCAAUCCAAAAGUGACAUAUUUCAUAACCACUUUAUUAGUUGACAUUCAGAAGACUGAGAAUUCAGGCAGUAUAACACUGGGAAACUUUAGAGCACUAAUGAAGCAGCAUGACACACUGAGUUUUAUUUUAUGGAGAAACUUUCACCAAUUCUCUGAGAAGAAAUAUGACUAUCUACGCUGUGAGAUAACUAAUAUCACAAGAGUUCACAACCAUUUCAUUCAAGAAGUAUCGAGAACUCUCAAAAUUGGCCUUGCCCAGGAUGAUACUUCACAUAGUUCAACCUUAAAACUGAUUGAAUCCCUCAAGAAAAUGGAAGGCAUGAAUAAACCUUCUGAUCACAAGGAAAUGUAUAAAUUUACAAAUCACUUACAAAACUGUUGCAUGAAUCUCAAGAAGCUUGAAAACAGCAUCAGCAACAAUGAAAAAAUAUUGACAGUUUCUGAUCUUUACAUGGAAAUGGGCUUUCUCAAAGCUAUCCUCAAUUCAAAAUUAUCUCCGAUUGACCCCCUGGUGAAGAAAAUUUUGAAAAGACAGUACUGUACGAAAGCAACAGAGGUUUUCGAAUCUAUGAAAAAAUGUUAUGAAUGGCAGAAUGAAAUUUAUAGUAAUUCUGUUGAAACAAUACAUGCUUAUUGCGAGCCAUUGAAGGCAAUGAUCGGAGAAUUGGAAAUUAAAAAUGAAAAAUUGAGUGAAUAUGUUGCAGUGCGACCAGAAAGUGUUGCAUAUGAAUCAAUUUUUAGGGUUGUGAAACACGCAUUUAAUACAAUUUUGAGUGAAGAUAAUGUGACCAAAACAAUUUCUUCACUGAACCAUUCAAUUCUCAAAAUAUUGACAGCUCAUUCAGAGAAAGCUGAUAUUGAUUAUAAAGUUGUCAGUGAUUUAGCUCGACAAGAAACCUCAGUUGUAAUUUAUGAAAAUCUUAUUCAUGAAUGGAGUCUUUAUGAAAGUAGUUACCCUGACAUCAUAGAACCACUCUUGAGCAGUAUAGCCGAAUUUUUUUAUGGGCUGAAAAUGAAACUGUCAUUAUUGAAGAAAUGUUUGGCUGAAUACAAGUACAUGAAAUGUGGUAUCAACAUCAAUGAAGACCUCCUCAACUUGGUCAAGUUACCGAUUAUAGACGAAAAACAAAGCGAAUACACUUCUUACCUUGAGAAAUUCACCAACAAAAGAAUCAAUAAUUUCCUCGACUGUGUCCUUGAAGAUGCCGAUCAACCGUAUAUUAAGGAUCAAGAAAAUUACAGACUUCUCAAAUGUGGUAUUCAAGAAACUUUCAACUACUGUUUAAUAGAAGCAAAGAGUGCAGACGGACUGAAUAAAAACCCAUUCCUGCAAUUCAGUAAUAUAAUCAACACAUUUGUCAAUGCCUAUAACAAACAACAGCAAAAGAAAGAACUAGAGAAGAAGGAAGCAGAAAGCCUUUAUAAACUAAAAACAAAACUUGAGGAUCGAACAGAAGAAGAACAAAUUGAGGAAGACCUGAAAGAUCUCUUCCCAAAUUACCACAGCAUAGACUUUACAGAUUUCCAGGAGAACCCAAAUCUGAGUGAACCUCCUGAGGAGUUACGAUCAGAUAUGAAAUUUGACGAAAUCAUUUCUUAUAAAGAUUUAGCUGAAGUCGUAAAGUUACAUAUUACGUUAAUGAGGAACUUUACCCGAAAUGAGUGGUUAAAUCCUUCUAAAAAUAAACAAGUCACUCAUGACUUUUUGGUUCCUUUCAUGGAAAAAUUCAAAUCAUUUACCCAAAUUCUAGAUCGAUCAGUACACAGUUUAGAUUACACUAUGGACGAUAGACUAAUUGGAAGUUUGAAUGUGCUUUUAGCUAUAACUAAACAGUAUGGUGAUACACAUGAAUUAUCUGAUCAAACUUCAUCUCCCUCUAGAAUGGUCAAUAAGAAAACCAGUGAUUUUUAUAAAGAUCCAAAUGUGGAAGAAGUCAAAUCUUGUUAUCACAUACUGGAAGAAUUGAGGAUGAGAGUAAAUGAACUUUUGAAUGAGUGGCCUGAACAACCAACUCUAAAAACGAUAAUCCUUGUUAUAGAAAGAAUAUCCAACUUUGAUAUAAAAAGUCCAAUAUCCAGAUUUCUUACUGGUUUUGAAAUAUUACUCACUAAGUGUCAUGAAUGGGAACAGGUUGCUCAUUCAGGUGUUAGUUUAAGCCAACACUAUCAUGGUUUAACUGCUCAAAUCAUAUCAUGGAGGAAACUAGAACUAACCAUGUGGAAGGAUCUUCUGAAUAGAACUUAUGAUAGUUUGAAUGAACCUCUACCGAAGUGGUGGCUAUAUUUAUUCAACAUAAUGAAACAAUUCGUACUAGAAAAAGAUUUCACAGAACGAGAACUCAUCGAAACUCUGCAAACUUUCAUCACCAAAUCGAAUCUUGCAGAAUUCCACGGCAGACUUGAUCUAAUUUUCACUUUCCAUUGUCACGCCACUUAUUUGGAUAAAACAAAAAAGUCGGAGCAAUUCAUAAGCAUUCUUUGGAAUAUAUAUAUUUAUUUCCAACAGUUUACUCUCGCAGUUUCAAAUAAAAUCAAAGACUUGAGAUCUCCUAUAGAAAAAAAAUUGAAGGAUUAUGUGAAAAUUGUUCGCUGGAAAGAUAUUAAUUACUGGGCAAUCAAAGAAACUGUAGAUAAAUCACAUAAAACUCUGCAUAAAUAUAUGAGAGAAUUCAAAGAGGUAUUACAGCAACCUGUAUUGUCAUGUCUAAGCAAUACAAAUUCCAAUAACGACGGGGAAAAUGUUGGAAUAUGGGACAGGCCUCAAAGACACAGUCCUAAGAAUUAUCAUUAUACAUUAGAUCCAGAGGCUUAUAUGGCCAAACUUUCGUUAGUGAAGAAAUUUUCAUCGAGUGAAGUUCCAACAGAUGAGACGAUAUUGAGCAAAGCUGAAUCAUAUUUCUUGAAAUCUAGAAAACUGUGUAAACAAACUAUUUUAGCUACACAAUAUCCAAGUUUAGUGCGUAGCCUUGAUGGAUUUGUGACAGAAAUCAUUGAAACUAGUUCCCAUUUACAGAAACUUGAAGUUGAUACUAGCCUAUCAAAAGAAAAACAAAAAUCUCAAGCUAGGAGUAUUUUGCAACAAAAACACAGGGCUUUAGCGGAUCUGUUUAAAGCACUUGCAAAAAUAGGACUAUCUUUCAGGAGUGGAAUAAUAGAAAGUAAAAUAAAAAAUCCUACUUCUGAUUUCUUGUUGAAACCUUUGGAUUUGAAUGCCAACUUCAGUCACAUAAAUUACGGGUCGAAGGAAGAAAAAAUUCUGACAAUAUGGGAUUCAUGUGAAAUCUACUAUGUGAGGUCAAUGAUGAGGGGAGACGUUUUAGAAGCAGCAAUGAAUAAUCCCGCAAAAGAUCUUGGUUUGCCAAAUAUAGAAAGAUGUAAAGGUUUUACUAUGAACCUGAUGAUGUUUACUCAGAAGCAGAAGCACGACUUGGUAGAAUCCAGCCGCUUAUAUUAUUAUUUACGAUAUUAUGCAAAACAAAUGAACGACUUGUGUGAAUCAAAACAGUUUUUGUGUGUAUCAAUUGUUAACAACCUAUUAGAUCUGUUGAAGAAGUUGACAAUUAUUAUGAACCAAUACAAAAUUAUUCUGAAUACUUGCCCAGCAGAACAAAACUUCAGCAGCGAAACUAGUGAGAUUCCUAUUCUGAUAUCUGAUAUGGAAGAAUUCAUAAAGCACAAAUAUGAUACAUUGUGGACUAAGGCUUCGAAUCUGAUAAACACUAUUUUGAAUUCAUCAAAUAAACUCAAUACAUAUCUCCUCAAGUGUAAAGGGUGUGUUCCGGCAGUAGAUUUUGAAUUAUUGUUGCCCAAAUACAUCUCGGUAUCAGAUAUUAAUCUGGUAGAAAAUGAGCUGACUGGCCUAUCUAAAGAUAUGAAUAACCUCAAACGCAUUUUUGGCAAUAGUGCAGUUACUUGUAGUAUCUCUUGGCUAAAUACUGAAAUUGAUCUGAUCAAACAACAGCUCUUUGAAGAAAACCCUGUAGAAAACGUUGAUAUAGACCAAUUCAAGAAGUAUGUUGAGAAUUUCAUAGAACAAAUUUUAGUUGUGAUGCAGAAUAUUUACAAAAAAUAUGAGGAAAGUAGCUCAACCGAUGAGAUAGCAUUGGUAGAUGAAGCAAAAGAAGAUCAGUUGAAGGAAGAACAACUGAAGAAGUUGUUAGUAGAAAAUUUAUCUUCUGACAUUGCUACAUUGGAAAUGAAAAAUAUUCUAAGAAAAACACAUAAAAUAGCAAGAAUUCUGUUGACUACAUCCCCUAAAUGUGUUGAUACUCUCAAAACCAUCGUGUCGCAAUCAUUACCACUAUUGGAGCAACUAGUUCAUCUUUACCAGUACUUCAUCACGCAACAAGUUUCUGUCUAUCGGGUGACUUGUAAAAUGAACUGUGUUUUGUUGAACAUUUUUAUUGAUUUGGCAUCAAAAGGAUUCUGCAUUCCUCCAGAGUUUUCAGAUGAGAUUGAAGGUGAGGGAGUCGGUAAGCCUUCAGACGGCCUUGGUUUGGGAGAUGGUGAAGGAAAGAAAGACGUUUCAGACAGGAUUGAAUCAGAAGAUCAACUCGAUGAUGCUCAACCGGCCGGCCAAGAAAAGGAAAAAGAUGAGGAAAAAGACUGCAAAGAAGAGGAUAAGGGUAUUGAAAUGAGUGAAGACUUUGAAAGCAAACUACAGGAUAAAGAAAAGAAGGAAGAUGAUAGUGAAAACAGCUCUGGAGAUUCAGAUGCAGAUGAUCAGAUGGGAGAUACUGAAAAGGGGGCAAAUCAAUUAGAUCAGGAAAUAUGGGGUUCUGACCAAGAGGAUGUUAACGAAGAUCAAGAAGAAGGUGGUUCAGAGCAAAAAGAUGAAAAAGGUGAACACGGAGAAAAAGAAGGAGAAGAUCAACUUGGUGCGAAAGAUGAUACCACUAAUCGAGAUAAAGAGAUGAGAGAAAAUUCAGCGUAUUCUGAGGAGAAAGAAAAAAACAAGAAGGAUAUCAAUGAACUAGAUGAGUCUGAAAUUGAUGAUGACCAAUUGGACAGUCAUCAUGGAAAACAACCUGAAUUGCCCGAGCCAGAACCUAUGGACCUACCAGAUGAUUUGCAGCUAGACGAUGGUGAAGAAAAGGAUAAUGACACACAAGAAGAAAAUCCUUUCGAUAUAGACAAGAUGAAAGAAGACAAUCUACUUGAAGAUAAGCACGAGAAAGAAGAUGGUGAUGAUUAUAAUAAAGAGCCUAAAAAUGAUGAUGAAAAAGAUUUUAGCAGUGACGAUGAAGAUGUUAAUAAGGAACAACCAGAUAUUUCAGAGCUAGACGAAGGGAGCAGUGAGGAAAAAGAGGACAAAACUAAAGAAAAUAUUGACAAAAAUGAAGAUACAGAUGAGCAAGACUCUGAGGAACAAAAUAAUGAGGAAACUGCUAUGGAUCAUACACAAAGUCGUCAAGAAAAUGUUGAAGCCAUGGUAGUAGAUGAUGCUGAAGCCACAGAUAAUACUCGAUCCAAUCAGUCGGAAAAUCAGCAAUCUAACCAACCAAUUGAGGAACUUUGUCAAGAAGAUAGACCAGAUCAAGAAGGUGUUGGGCAAUCACAGAUGGAGGAAAGUACCUCGGGUCACACUGCCCAAACUACAGCUCUUCCAGAAACAAAGAGUACUAGACAAGAACCAGAGGAAAAAGAAUAUAGAAAACAAAAACCAGGUGAAUCUAAUUCGAAAAGAAGUUUGGGUGACACCGAAGAACGACUUAGGAAAAAACUCAAAACUGUGGAUAUCAAAAAAGAUGUAGAAGAUAUCACAGAAAAUGAAGAAAACAGGCAAGAAGAAUCUUCUGAAAUAUUCCAACACAUUAAAGAUGCAAAUGAAGCUGAAACUCAGAUACUGGACGUAGCCACCAAAGAACAAGCAGAAAGUCAGAAAGAAGCCCAAAGUAAGGAAGAAAAAGAAGAACAAACGAAAUCUGUCAAAGAAUUGCCGAGUGAAGAGGAAGAAGAUUCUUUAGAAGUCGAAGAUGUACCGAUAGAUAAACCCGAAAAGAUGAAAAAAACCAAAGAAAGCAAAUCUAACAAGAAACAUCAUCCUGAAGGUGAUAUUUUGGAAGAUAUAGAAGAUAUAGAUAUAGAAGGUGAAGUUGUUGAAACGCUCACAGUUCCCCGUAGUUCAGAAUCAUUCCAUCAUACACGGUUCCAAAUCCCAGAAACCACUUUCACUAGACUAUCAAUAGAGGAAAUAGAUAAUCUAAGAUUAGAUGUUGAAAAGCAACUACUUGCAUGGAACGAGCCUCCGAGCACAGCUGAAGCAGAACAAGCUUGGCACAAAAUAUCCUCCAUUACAUCAUCUCUGGCUCAGGAUCUUUCUGAACAGUUAAGAUUAGUUCUGGAACCUACUCAAGCAAGUAGGCUGAAGGGCGAUUUCAGAACAGGUAGACGAAUCAACAUGAGAAAGGUCAUUCCUUAUAUCGCCUCACAAUUUCGUAAAGACAAAAUCUGGCUGAGGCGAACUAAACCUUCCAAAAGAGAAUAUCAGAUUGUUAUGGCUAUAGAUGACUCAUCCAGUAUGGCAGAUAAUCACUCUAAAGAGCUGGCUUUUGAGAGUGUUGCCUUGAUUUCAAAGGCAUUAACACUUUUAGAAAGUGGACAAUUAUCGGUUUUGAGCUUCGGAGAGAAAACUGAAGUUGUCCAUAAAUUAACAGAUCAAUUUACUGACAAAAGUGGUAUCAAGUUAUUGCAAAAAUUUCAAUUUAUUCAAAAUAAAACUUGCAUUGCUGAUCUAGUGGAUUUUGCUACAGAAAUGUUCAAUCAAUCACAAAUCCAUUCUACUGCUAUGAAUGCUAAACUAUUGGUCAUUGUCAGUGAUGGGAGAGGCGUUUUUUCACAAGGAGAAUUUUACGUAAAACAAGCCGUGCGUCGAGCAAAGCUUUCCAAUAUUUUCAUGGUGUUUGUGAUAAUUGAUAAUCCUGAGAACAAGAACUCUGUGCUAGAUAUAAAAAUGCCAGUUUUUAAAGAUGGGAAGUUGCUUAGAAUUCAGAGUUAUAUGGAUGUGUUCCCAUUUUCAUUUUAUAUUAUUUUAAGAGACAUAAAUUCAUUGCCUAAUGUCUUAAGUGACGCAUUGAGGCAAUGGUUUGAAGUUGUUUCAAAUUUAUAUUAGUUAUUUAAUGUAUUUUACUUUUAUCAAGUUGUUUUUAAUAUAACAUUUUAAAUAAACGUUGAAAAUUUA